GGACAGAGUCAUUCCACUUUCUUUGAUAAACGUGACGUUAACGUACGACAAACUUAGGGCAGUGCAUGUGACACGGUAGGAAGCUCGGUAAUGAUUCGGGUGAACCCAUGCAAAAAUCGCGAUACUGGUGCUGGUGGCAGACGCUGAACAUUGCUUCUCAGCUCGGUUUACGCGCCUGUCAGCCCAAGUUCGCAUAUUCUCUGCUUUCGCAAUCUGUUUUUCUUCGAUACCACCGGACAGCACUUUUCCCAUAAUCAUUUUCCUAUUAUUCCGAUCCAAAGUACUAUUCGCACGACCUCUACCGCCACGACAUUAUCUGGAUAGCUACAAUGUUGAUCACACGCGGCUUCUCCCUCACCAACUUCGUCAUUGGCUCGUCCGCGCUCGGCUUUCAGGUCUUCGUUCUUUAUCCCUGGCACGAAAAGUUAGAAGCACAGUUCAACAGGUUGACCGAUGAACAUGAAAAAAUGUUAAAAAAUAUGAAGGAAAUUCACCAGGAAGAGCUAUCGCAGAUACGAAAAGAGCUAGAACUACUAAACAGAGGAAAGCGUUGAGUGAUAGAAUUGACCUGAAUGCGGUUUAAUUACACUCUGACUGGGAAGAUCUGCAUAAAUCUCUGCAAAAUAUAAUGUACCAAGCACAGACAUAUCACGAUCGAAUUGAGUUGUAGUACCAAAAGACUCGCCUCUAAGCUAUAGAAUCCAUCAUGAUGAAUAGCGCCGUUUCUGAAAGAGUUGAGGGAUAUCAUUCAUGAUUUUCGCCGGCA